AAUAUCCAGCUAGAUCCGCAAUUUAAGAAAUUUGCAAAUUUCUUCAAUUUCAAAAAAUGCUGUGAAUUACUCUAAAUGGUCAAUGUUAAAGAAGGCAGUGCGUCCUGGUAAACUUGACACAUUUUCACUCUAACUCACUUUUGUCAAAGAAUUAUUCUAGUUCCAAGAGUGAAGAAGCAAAAUGUUUCUCUAUAACUUGACAUUGCAGCGGUCCACUGGAAUAACCCAUGCCAUUCAUGGAAAUUUCAGUGGUUCCAAACUUCAGGAGAUUAUAGUUUCUCGGGGGAAGCUGCUGGAAAUCUUGCGGCCAGACCCAAACACUGGCAAAGUUGUUACGCUCCUUAGCGUAGACGUAUUUGGCGUAAUUAGAUCUCUAAUGGGAUUCAGAUUAACGGGUGGUUCGAAAGAUUACAUUGUACUGGGCUCGGACUCUGGUCGUAUUGUAAUAUUAGAGUACAAUCCAAUAAAAAAUGCGUUUGAUAAAGUUCACCAAGAAACUUUUGGGAAAAGUGGGUGCCGUCGCAUUGUUCCUGGACAGUAUUUAGCUAUCGAUCCUAAGGGCAGGGCGGUUAUGAUUGGGUCAGUUGAAAAACAGAAAUUGGUUUACAUUUUAAAUCGAGAUGCACAAGCACGUCUGACAAUUUCUUCUCCACUAGAAGCCCAUAAAAGUAACACGUUUGUCUACCAUAUUGUGGGCGUAGAUGUGGGAUUCGAGAAUCCAAUGUUUGCCUGUCUUGAAAUGGAUUAUGAGGAAGCUGACAUUGAUUCAACGGGCGAAGCUGCUCAAAAUACGAAGCAGACGCUCACGUUUUACGAGUUAGAUUUGGGGCUUAACCAUGUUGUGAGAAAAUACAGUGAACCACUUGACGAGCAUGCAAACUUCCUUAUAACUGUGCCUGGAGGAAAUGAUGGUCCAAGCGGAGUUCUAAUUUGCUCUGAAAACUACAUCACUUACAAGAAUUUAGGAGAUCAACCUGAUAUUCGAUGUCCCAUCCCUAGACGAAGGAAUGAUUUGGACGAUCCAGAACGAGGAAUGAUAUUUGUGUGUUCCGCCUCUCAUAAAACAAAAAGCAUGUUCUUCUUCCUUGUUCAAACAGAACAAGGGGACAUCUUCAAAAUAACAUUGGAGAUCGACGAUGAUAUGGUGACCGAAAUCAAGCUGAAAUAUUUCGACACAACUCCUGUCGCAACCUCCAUGUGUGUACUAAAAACCGGCUUCUUAUUCGUCGCAUCUGAAUUUGGCAACCACUAUUUGUAUCAAAUUGCUCAUUUGGGCGAUGAUGACGACGAGCCCGAGUUCAGCUCUGCCAUGCCAUUAGAAGAAGGAGAUACAUUUUUCUUUGCUCCCCGACAUUUAAGGAAUCUCGUACUUGUUGAUGAAAUGGACUCGCUGUCACCGAUCGUAACUUGUCAGGUUGCUGAUUUAGCUAAUGAGGACACGCCACAGCUGUACAUGUUAUGCGGCCGAGGUCCAAGAUCAACAAUGAGGGUGUUGAGACACGGGCUCGAAGUAACUGAAAUGGCUGUUUCUGAACUUCCUGGUAAUCCAAAUGCUGUAUGGACAGUUAAACGACGAUCUGAUGAUGACUUUGAUUCGUACAUUAUUGUAUCAUUCGUCAACGCUACGUUGGUCCUUUCCAUUGGUGAAACUGUGGAGGAAGUUACGGAUUCUGGGUUUCUUGGGACUACUCCAACAUUAUCAUGCUCUGCUUUAGGAGAAGACGCACUAGUUCAGAUUUACCCUGAUGGAAUACGUCAUAUCAGGGCAGACAAGAGGGUUAACGAAUGGAAGGCACCAGGAAAACGCACCAUUUUUCGCUGUGCUGUUAAUGCCAGACAAGUAGUUAUUGCUCUUACCGGAGGAGAACUUGUAUACUUUGAAAUGGACCCGACUGGUCAACUCAAUGAAUACACCGAAAGACGCGAAAUGCCUGCCGAUGUUGUUUCAAUGGCACUAGGGUCAGUUCCUGUUGGAGAGCAAAGGUCACGAUUCUUAGCUGUUGGAUUAGCAGAUAGCACAGUCAGAAUAAUUUCAUUAGAUCCAUCCGAUUGUCUAAGUCCUUUGAGUAUGCAAGCUUUGCCCACUCUACCCGAAUCGCUUUGUAUCGUUGAAAUGGGUGCAACGGAAGACGGGCAACACGGUACUCUGUAUCUGAAUAUUGGUCUCGAUAAUGGAGUUCUACUCAGGACUGUCCUUGAUCCUGUCACUGGCGACCUAGCAGAUACCCGCACUAGAUAUUUGGGAUCUCGCCCAGUAAAACUAUUUAGAAUUCGUAUGCAAGGUGGCGAAGCUGUGUUGGCAAUGUCCAGUCGUUCCUGGUUGAGCUACAAUUUUCAGAACAGAUUCCAUCUAACACCACUGUCCUACGAAAGCUUAGAAUAUGCAGCAGGAUUUUCUUCAGAACAGUGCCCAGAAGGAGUUGUUGCGAUUUCAACCAACACACUCAGAAUUCUGGCCAUGGAAAAAUUGGGAGCCGUUUUCAACCAGAUGUCAUUCCCUCUUGAAUAUACUCCCAAAAAACUUUCAAUUCAACCAGAAACUGGGCACCUUGUGAUUCUCGAGACAGAUCACAAUGCAUACACAGACAACAUCAAGAAACAACGUCGAGUUCAAAUGGCAGAAGAAAUGAAAGAAGCCGCAGGCCCGGAUGAACAGGAGUUGGCACAGGAAAUGGCUGAUGCAUUUCUCAAUGAAGAUCUCCCAGAAAACAUGUUUUCGGCUCCCAAAGCUGGUCCAGGAAUGUGGGCAGCAUUGCUGAGAAUUAUGGACCCCAUUGAAGGAAAAUCCCUAUUUGUACAUCGAUUCGAGCAGAACGAUGCGGCAAUUAGUUUAGCAUAUUGCAAAUUUAAUGCACAAGGGGAAUUCAGUCAUUUCGUUGUGGUUGGAGUCACAAAAGAUCUCCAACUCUCUCCCAGAUCAGCAGGUGCAAGUUUUCUAUAUACGUUUAGGAUGAGUGCGGAAGGUACAGAAUUGGAAUUUUUGCACAAAACCUCUAUUGAAGACAUCCCAGUUGUUCUUCAUCCAUUCCAAGGCAAAUUGCUGGUUGGAAUGGGAAAAACCUUACGAAUGUACGAUUAUGGCAAAAAGAAACUGCUAAGAAAGUGUGAAAAUAAGAAUUUUCCAACCACCAUUGUUCACAUGUCUUCAAUAGGAACCAGAGUUUUUGUCGGCGAUAUCCAAGAAAGUGUCCAUUACGUAAAAUACAAACGACAAGAUAAUCAAUUGGUUAUUUUUGCAGAUGAAACUAAUCCUAGAUGGAUAACUGCGACAGCUGUAUUAGACUACAAUUCCGCUGCAGUCGCAGAUAAGUUUGGGAAUAUUGGGGUGCUUCGGCUACCAAAUAAUACAGAUGACGAUGUUGAUGAAGAUCCAUCUGGCACCAAAGCAUUGUGGGAUCGUGGUCUAUUGAGCGGAGCGUCAAAUAAACUUGAAGUAUACAACAAUUUCCAUGUUGGAGAGACUAUCUUAUCACUACAGAAAUCAACUCUCAUCCCUGGUGGAAACGAGUCACUCGUAUACACGACUCUCUCAGGGAGUGUUGGAAUAAUUGUUCCUUUUACGUCUAGAGAAGAUCAUGAAUUCUUUAGAGAUUUAGAAAUGCAUAUGCGUAGUGAAAAUUCCCCUUUGUGUGGCAGGGACCAUUUAUCCUAUCGAUCGUAUUAUUUUCCAGUCAGAAAUGUCAUUGACGGAGAUUUGUGUGAGCAAUAUAACUCUAUAGACCCAAGCAAACAAAAAAGCAUCGCAGAGGAGCUAGACCGAACACCGAAUGAGGUUGCCAAAAAAUUGGAGGAUAUUCGAACUCGUUAUGCAUUUUAA